AUGUAAUUAAAACACAAUCGCCAACGUUUUCCAAUUGUAUAGAAAAUUUUACGGUACACGCUUUAUAGUUUUAAUGCUAAGAGAUAAAUACACGAUACGCUCGAAAAAAAACUACAUUUGUACUAAUUUAGAUAGAAAUCUAACAUUUAAAAUUAGCAAUUUUAGGCAACAAAUCGAAAAACUAUACGAUGCUACGAUGCCCCCGAUAAUUCACUUCUUCAACAGCUUUCACCAACUCUAGAAGGAGAAUAACUUCAAAACACUUUAAUUUGAUUAGUAUUACGCGACCAUUGAAAGAGUUGAGCCGGGGCGGUAUAAUUAUUACCUACGUGAAUUAUGUGGUGCUCUGUUUUUUGAACGAAAUGGGCGACGAUCGAAUAGACGCCCAGGAGAAGGGCGAAAGUCAAAACCCUACAGACAAUAACUUGACGAUAUCAACGAAAUUGUCGACGGACCAUUUGAUAUGUAAGACGCCUCAGGAAUCGCCGAAUGUUUCCGUUAAGUCCUUGCCAAGGGAUGGUGAAGUGAAAAAAGUUGACGGUGAUGGUGACAUUAUUUUAUACUUGGGUGUUUCUCAGAUUGUGUUCGGACUGUUGAUGGCUGUUUUUGGCGCGUUGGUUUUGGUCCACGAUGCUAGAUUGGCGCGGCUUGGUGGAGGACUGUGGGGUGGGGGUCUUGCCGUAACCAGCGGAACGGCCGGCGUGCUGGCGGCAGCGAGAAGUUGGUGCCCUUUGAGAAGAAGUGCCCAAAAGAUUGCCCAAACCGUUUUUCUGGCACUAAGUCUCAUUCUGGUCGCCGUCUCCCAAUUGGUUGUCGUAUUCGCAGCGACGGGACUGGCACGGGAUAUCAAUCGCACCCUCGACAACGAGCUCGACGUGCAGAAUACCGAAGCGUUGCAAGCCAACGAAAUCUCCACCGCAAACUAUUUGGCGUUGAUGUCCAACGCCGGGCUGCUGAUUGUUUCUGGUGUUCAAUUCGUGUGCGCCACAAUGGCGUCGUAUAAGUCUUCGAGGAUGCUUUGUCCGUGUUUUAAAAGUUCCAGCGAGAUGUCCGCCAAAACGCUACAGGUGGAGAACAAGCACGCGUUCAUCGACUCCUGGCUGGGCAAGCACACCUAUCCACCACCGUUGUACGUUGUGACCAGCACGCCAACCAGCACUGGUAAAAGGAGCAAGCUAUCUGUCGCGCCUGUGUUGUCCAUACCUUCUCCGCCACCGCCACCAAUGCUGGGUUACCCGUUAAUACCUGCACCUCUCGGAGCGAUACCAUCGCCUCACAUACAUCCCUAUCCCAAGCCGCACCGUAAGCACCCCAAGAGGUACCACUCCAUGAUCGACCAUUCUCGCCAAAUACCAACCCCCAUACGAAAACCGAGGAGGUACAAAUCAAAGACGAAAGAAAAACCUAUUACGACCGAGGACGUGGUCCGCACCUACACGGGCCUCGAUCGCACAAUCGCCGAGGAAUUUAUAGAAAUCUGUGACUCGCGCAACAACAGUUUAUGCAGCGAAUCGUCCUGUCAGAGCAGUUGCCAUAGCAGUGGAUGCACAUGCGGAAACAUCACGACGUCGUCGGCAAAUUAAACUUUUUAGCGUUAUUGAUUUAUUUUCAAUUGAACAC